AUGCCGGAAGCUGUAUCAAGGAAGAGAACUGUUGAUGCUGGCGUCAAGCCUAGCCCUCCUGAAGUCAUCUAUGGAGACUCCAAGAUAGAGGUUGCUGGUCUAUCAGACCCCACUGAGGUACCUCUCGCACGGACAUUCGACGAGUCAGGUCUUCGGAAGUCCUUAAGGGCUUAUCUUAAGGACAAGUUCGCGACCCCAUCAGCCAUCCAAGCAGCGUGCUGGCCCCUCCUCCUCUCUGGUCUAGAUGUCAUUGGUGUUGCCGAGACGGGUAGCGGUAAGACUCUCGGCUUUGCGUUGCCUUUCAUGUCGAAGGCGAUGCAGAAGGGCGAUGAUAGUAUGAUGAUGGUACUCUCCCCUACUAGGGAGCUCGCCAGACAAAUCCAUGAGGUCAUCGUGGAUGUUGAUAAGAAGAAGCAGAAGCUUCCUUCGAUCUGCCUUUACGGUGGUACGCCUAAAUGGGAGCAGCAGAAACAGUUGAAGGCUGAGCACCCUAGGAUCGUUGUUGGUACUCCCGGGCGAGUCUUGGAUCUCCUCCAGGACGGCUCUUUGGACUUAUCUAACGUCCACUAUGCUGUCCUUGAUGAGGCUGAUAGGAUGCUGGAUAUGGGCUUCCUACCUAGUGUCACGGAUAUCUUUGGGUAUCUCCCAUCGCNNNNUGGUAAUGCUGUGACUAUCUUUAACGCUGAUGAAGAGAAGCAGUUCGCUUCGACUUUAAGGGCCUCCUCGAACGUUGUGGACAGCCGGUAA